UUAAAGAAAGGGCUUGGUAAUAAAAUAAACUCAUUAGUUUAUUCAGUCCUAUCAUUCUGUCUGUUUUUCUAGAUGUUUGAUAAAAUGCCCACAAGACCCCCGCAAACACUCAACCAACCCAAAAAAUUAUUUCCCCAGCCAGCCACCCCCGCCCUUCCCUGCUCUUUUCCCACUCCACCGUCCCGUUUCAAUUUAUCUCUCUCUCUCGAUUAGCCGACAGAUUUCACAGAACCAAAGAACAUCCACACUUAAAAAAAAUUAAAAAUAGUGCUAAUUCAUUUAUUUUAAAGUUGAAAAAAAAAAAAAACUUUAAAAAACAAAAUAAAUAAAUAAAUAAAAAUAUCAAAAGACGAACUCUCACUAAAGUGUCUGCUUCUCUUUCUUCUCUCUCUUUCUCAAUCACUGCCUUUACUUUGAUUUCUCUCUACAGAAGCUAGAAAGCCAGGGUUUUUUUUGGCUUUUAAACUAUAAUGUGAAACCCUAACCAAGUAUUUUCAGUUAGGUUUUUUUUUUUUUUUUUGGUUUUGGUUCGAAGAGAUCCGGAGACAGGAUAAGGCUGCGUUUGGCAGAAUGGGGAAUUGUUGUAGAUCUCCGGCGGCCGUUGCCAGGGAAGACGUGAAAUCGAGCUUCUCUGGCCAUGAUCACGCCCGUAAAGAUUCCGUUUCCAAACAGAAGCCGCCGAUCACCGUGCUCGCCGGAGUUCCCAAGGAGAACAUCGAAGAGAAAUACCUCGUGGAUCGGGAGCUCGGCCGAGGUGAGUUCGGAGUUACUUAUCUUUGCAUCGACCGGGGCACUCGCGAGUUGCUUGCGUGCAAGUCAAUCUCUAAGAGGAAACUGAGGACUGCCGUGGAUGUCCAAGAUGUGAGACGGGAAGUUGCGAUUAUGAAGCACUUGCCGGAGAAUUCGAGUAUAGUGAGCUUGAAAGAAGCGUGCGAGGAUGACAAUGCGGUUCAUUUGGUGAUGGAGCUUUGCGAAGGUGGUGAGCUUUUUGAUAGGAUCGUCGCCAGAGGACAUUACACCGAGAGAGCCGCCGCGACAGUAACGAGGACGAUUGUGGAAGUGGUUCAGCUUUGCCAUCAGCAUGGAGUGAUUCAUAGAGAUUUGAAGCCUGAGAAUUUUUUGUUCGCUAAUAAGAAAGAGAAUUCGCCAUUAAAAGCUAUCGAUUUUGGGUUAUCGAUAUUUUUCAAGCCAGGUGAAAGAUUCUCUGAGAUUGUUGGAAGUCCAUAUUAUAUGGCUCCUGAGGUGCUCAAACGGAAUUAUGGACCAGAAAUAGACAUAUGGAGUGCAGGAGUCAUUCUCUAUAUUUUGUUGUGCGGGGUUCCUCCUUUUUGGGCUGAGUCUGAACAAGGUGUUGCACAGGCAAUUCUUCGUGGGUUAAUAGAUUUCAAACGUGACCCAUGGCCAAAUAUUUCAGAGAGUGCUAAGAGUCUAGUUCGGCAAAUGUUGGAACCAGACCCAAAGCUUCGACUCACUGCAAAGCAAGUGCUUGAGCAUCCUUGGCUCCAAAAUGCUAAAAAGGCUCCUAAUGUUCCUCUUGGUGAUGCUGUUAAGUCAAGGCUUAAACAAUUUUCAAUGAUGAACAGAUUCAAAAGAAAAGCCCUGCGGGUUAUUGCUGAGUUCUUAUCUAUUGAAGAAGUUGAAGACAUCAAAGAAAUGUUCAAGAAAAUGGACACUGACAAUGAUGGCAUUAUUUCAAUCGAAGAGCUGAAAGCUGGAUUUAGAAAUUUUAGUUCACAGCUUGCAGAGUCGGAAGUGCAGAUGCUUAUUGAAGCUGUGAGUAUGGUUGAUGCUAAUGGGAAAGGAACAUUGGACUAUGGGGAAUUUCUUGCUGUUUCUCUCCAUCUGCAAAGAAUGGCCAAUGACGAGCAUCUUCGAAAGGCCUUUUCCUAUUUCGACAAAGAUGGCAAUGGUUUCAUUGAGCCUGAUGAGCUUCGGGAUGCAUUAAUGGAGGAUGGAGCAGAUGAUUGUACUAAUGUCGCAAAUGACAUCUUCCAAGAAGUGGAUACAGACAAGGAUGGAUGCAUUAGCUACGAUGAAUUUGCAGCCAUGAUGAAAACAGGUACAGAUUGGAGAAAAGCAUCUCGACAUUACUCAAGAGGGAGAUUCAACAGUCUAAGCAUAAAGCUGAUGAAAGAUGGUUCUCUGAAUUUGGGAGGCGAGUAGAAUCAUACCAGUUCUCUGUUUUAGUUCAUCCUUGCAAGAAAAGUACUGGAUCAUUCUUGUAUAUCUUAAGACUUUUGCUUUCUCUUGUGAUUAUUUGUGGAGGACUCUGGCAUUACAUGGGGUCCUUUUGCCUGGUGGUUUACAAGGAUUCUGAGAAGGGCUUGGUACAUCUUGUUGUCUCUGCUAAUGUUAGGCACGUAUGAUUCUCUCUGCCACUACCCACCUUUUGAUAAUUAUUGUUUCCGGUUGACAACAUGGGAUUUGAUUGAAUUGUGUGGUGCGUAGGCUCACGCUUGGGAGGCUCUUUUGUUUAUAUUAUAUUAUCGUUAAACUAUGCCCAUUGUUUCAUAAGCGUCAGUUAGUAGUACAAAUUGUCAGUUCUCGAAAGGAUAACUCGUGUUCGACAUGGGACAAAAGCUUGAUGUUUUCCUUCGGCCAUAUCUCUCCAGUCCACUGGACCCGAGCCCAAGAUCAGCGGCAUUGCAGGGGCUAAUUUUCUUUUAGGGCGUCUCAAGUAAAAAUUUCAUCUCGUG